GGAGGCUGCGGGCGGCGGCAGGUGCUGCGGGGCGGGAGGAUGGCGGCGGGGGACGCCGAGCAAGUGCGGUACUGCGGGCGGUUCUCCUACCUCUGCCUCAAGCUCACCCUCAUCACCUACUCCACCAUCUUCUGGGUGAUUGGAGCCCUUGUCCUCGCUGUUGGGAUUUAUGCAGAAGUUGAAAGACAGAAGUACAAGACUCUAGAAAGUGCCUUUCUAGCCCCAGCAAUUAUUUUAAUACUUUUGGGCGUUAUCAUGUUCCUGGUGUCUUUUGUGGGUGUGCUGGCUUCUUUAAGAGACAAUUUGUGCCUUCUUAAAGCAUUCAUGUACAUCCUUGGUAUCUGCUUGCUGAUUGAGCUGACUGGUGGAGUGGUGGCCCUCAUCUUCAGGAACCAGACAAUCAACUUUUUGAAUGAUAAUAUAAGGAGAGGAAUUGAGAAUUACUACGAUGAUUUAGACUUCAAGAACAUCAUGGAUUCUGUUCAAAAGCAGUUUAAAUGCUGUGGUGGGGAAGAUUACAGAGACUGGUCCCAAAACGUGUACCACAGCUGUACAGCUCCAGGGCCGCUGGCCUGCGGCGUCCCCUACACGUGCUGCAUCACAAAUAAGACAGGCAUUGUGAACACUAUGUGUGGAUACAAAACCAUUGGCAAAGAGCGGCUGAGCGUUCAGGACGUGAUCUAUGUCCGUGGCUGCACAAAUGCAGUGCUCAUUUGGUUCACGGACCACUACAGCAUCAUGGCAGGUGUGCUGCUUGGCAUAUUGCUGCCCCAGUUCCUGGGUGUGCUGCUGUCCUUGCUUUACAUCACUCGGGUGGAAGACAUCAUCACAGAGCACAAGCUGAGCGAGAGGCUGUUUGAAGAAGCAGAGCAGAGAUCUCCUCAUGAGUUUGCCGGAGCCGGGUGCUGCAUGUGCUACCCGGGGUGACUUGGGAACCCUCAGAUAGGGUUCCAAAAAGCCAGAUCCCCUUGUGCUGGCUCUGACAGGCUGCAGGUGUUCAGGAGCCAGCCCAGGGGUGGGGGUGGCAGCAGGGUGAUACCUCUGUAGUGUCCUUGCUCUUGGUGUGUUGGCAACCCAAGACACGGCAGGAGGGCUCAGAGAGGCUGCUGUGGUAUCGUGAGGCUGCCAGGACCCACUCACUGCUUGUGGAUCAUUAAAUCUUGCUUGGAAUGAUUGCCAAUGGAUACGUGGACAGGAAAACUGUUCUGGGGAGAUUCGAAGGUAGAUUUCUAGGAAGAGCUUUUGUGUCUUGAGGUGUCAUAUUUAUAUGUUUGUCCUUUCGACUGUAUUUUCGUACUUUUUCCAAGAAAAGAUUCCUUACUGAGCUACAUGUGAAUAUGAAACGUGUUUAGUAAUUUUUUAUGCUAAUCUUGAUUAAUUUACUGACAACAGUGGAUGUGAUGCUGAACACUUCCAUUGCUCAGUCUCUUGUGCCUUUUAAUAAUGGGACAAAUGGCAAUGUCGAAUCAGUCAGGUCGUGGUUGGUAUAUUUUUAAUUAAAUUUAUUACUGCCUGGCUUUUGUGUAAACUUACAGGAUGUUUGAUUCUUGUAUAUACUCCAUUUUUCCUCUGUACUAAAUUAAUUGAUGUGUGAUUUUCUUUUUUUUUUUUUUUUUUUUUUGGAGUUCUGUAUGUUGAGAUGUUUCUAAAUCUUGUUCUUGUCAAAAUUAAACCAGCAAGUUGUUUGUUUGUUUUAAAAAAAAAUACCAACGCAGAUGUUGUUUAAAAUGCUUUUUAUUUUCUUAUCUAAGUUGGUCCUGUCCCUCAGGUGCUGAACAAUACAAUAAAUGGAGCUGUGGUUCUGGG